AUGGAGGAGCAGACCAAGAUUCUACGUGCAAAUCCCCAUCCCAUGAUUCCGGAAAAACCGUUUGCAAAGCUGGUCAAGGAAGUCCUGCAGGAUAUUGUCGGCCCCGGCAAAGCUGCUCCCAAGAUCGAAGCCGAUGCCCUGAAGAUACUCCAGCAGGCUACCGAGGGACACACUUCUCAGCAACUCCUCCGGGCCGGUAUGAUCUCCUUGUAUGCCGGGCGGCGGACAACGGACGGAGACGACAUGAAGUUCGUCAAUCUUCUUUUCGGCGUUUCUGACUCUGAUGCACUAAAACUUCCUCGAGUGCGCCGGGCGACGAAGACGACGACGAAGACGACGAAGGCGACGAAGGCGACGAAGACAUCGAAGAGAAGAUAA